UCACUUCAAUAGAGGAACUCUUUCCGGUCUGAGAGGAGGAACCAUGAGGACAGACAUUUAUACAGUUACAAUCCUGAGAGUACACAUCACCCUACCUUCAAGAGUGUGAGUGCAUCCUGAGGCUGCAAAAUAGAGAGAGGACAAAAUGCCAGGCAAAAAAGGUGACUCAAAGGCAGCGGCAAAAAAAGGAGGGAAAGCAGAGCCAGAAAAAAGCAAAGGCAAAGAGGAAGAAAAAAAAGGGAAAGAUGACAAAAAGGGGGCUAAAGAGGACAAGAAGGGAGGAAAGGAUGAUAAGAAAAAAGGAAAAGAAGAACCCAAAGGUAAAGGAAAAGAUGACGGAAAGAAAGGAAAGGACAAAGGAAAGGGGGCGAAAGUAGUUAGUGAGUCAGAAGAGGGGUCAGACGCAGAGCCGAUUGAGGAUGACGAAGAGUUGAGUGAAGAUGAAGAAAGGGACGAAGACUCAGAAAGGGACACACGCAAGUCUGGACAUGGAAAGGCUGGUGCUAAAGGCAAAGCAGCAAAGGGGAAGUCCAAAUCAAAACAUGCCGCAUCAGAUGAGGAGGAAGACGAAGAAGACGAAGAGGAUGAGGAAGAUGAAGAAAGUGAAGAAGAUAAGAAAGGAAAAAAGAAAUCAAAAGACGCCCACAAAUCCAAAUCUAAACCUGAGGCGGAAGGAACAAAGAAAAAGGCCAAAAAGAAGGACGAGGGUCCACCUGAGAUAGCACCAGAACCUACAAAGAAACUAUUUGGUUUCCCUGGACUUGGGAAGAGCUCAAAUAAGCGACUAAAAAGUACAUCUAGACUGUUUCUCGGACUUGGCAAGCAAAAGAGUUUUGUGGUCAAGAAAAAGAGAAGGAAAUCUGUUUUGAAGAAUGCCCCGAGGCUUCUGAUGCGCUUCAAAGCCAGUAAAAAAAAGAAAAACGAGAAGGAACAAAAUGACCAGUUGGGACGCAAGCCAUCCUACAUGUUACUUAGAAUUGGUGGCAACAAACCAGCAGAAAAGAAAUCAGGGUUUUUCAGAGGACUUUUUGGAAAAAAGAAUGCCGGUGAUGGGUCAGAUUUUAAAAACCAAAGUCGGAUACUGGGGAAAGUUGCUGGAGCGACAAACUGGCUAACUAAGAAGUUCCUCUCAACAAAAUUGAAACAGAGACCAUUUAACAGAAAUCGUGGCCGCUUGGGACAGUCACGCACCAAACAGUUUCCUGGGGGAAGUCGACAAACAAGCGUUCGAGGACCUCACGGGCAUCACAACUAUGCAUAUGAACCUGAUUUUGAUGAAUAUGACUAUAAUAACCAUGGUAGAAUAAGCACCGGUGCAUUUAACAGACAGUCACUGCAGAGAACCCCAAAUUGGUAUGAAGAUCCUGUUGACUACUAUGAAGCGCAGUCACAUGAUCAAGGCUAUUAUGAAAUUGAUGAUGAAUACUAUGACCCACACAUGGACAUACAGAAUGGAGGAGAGUAUUAUGAUGAUGGUAUGGGCUUCUAUAACACAUAUUCUGCACAACAUCAAAUGGGCUACUACCCAGAGGAGAUGGAGUACUAUGGUCAACAGCAUCUGAUGGAUCCAUAUUACACUGAUAAUAUGGAAUACUAUGACGAGAACCAGUACUUUAUAGAGGAUUGUUAUGAACCUUAUGGAGAUGAAACCCAGUUUUAUGACCAGAGUCAGUUUGAUUACUAUGAUGACCCUCAGGAAUUCUAUGACAAUCCAUAUGGUGAAAUUGGAGCAGCUGAUCCAUACUUGACUUCGUAUGGAGUGUAUGAAGAUCCAUAUCUCCAGGACUACCAGUUUAAUUACAGUGAAUCAGGGGUUACCCCAUAUCUUGAAUCUUCCUAUAACAUGUACCAGCCAUAUAGUUAUACAAUGCAUGAUGUCAUGGAGGGUGAUGAGUUUAACGAUGUUUCUAUAGAGCCAAUGGAACUUCAAGGAGACAUGUUCAGAGUUCCAAGGCCUCAAGUAAAGCUUUUUGGUCAAGAAAGGAUAGCAGUUGAACCUCAUCCAUUGGCAACACAAUAUGAUCCUGAAGAGAUGUCACAGAUUCAUUAUAAAAAUGUACAGUUCAUUCCAGACGGUGCUUUUCCUGCACAAGUAUAUACACAAGAACUGCUGCAUCCAGGGUUACCUCAGAUUCCCACACCAACUGCAAUGUUAAUUAAGCAUGCUAAUAGUCCUCAGGGGUUUGUGAGCCCUAACAUUCAGUCUCCACAUAUGUCACCCAUGGCCCAAGGUGGUGCUUUCCCCCCAUCACCUACACCAAGCAGGAGGUCCAUGGGAAUGAUGGCUUCACCUGUACAGAGACCCCUGUCCCCUAUGUUAGCAAGAGAAAGGUUCACAGAACCAUUAAUGGAUGUGGGCCCCCCCAAUGUUCCCAUGCAGAAACAAAGCUUUCAUGCCUCUCCUCAGCCCUCUAUACGGAGAAGACAGAGCCCAUCUCCACAGCCCUCCAUACGUGGAUUUGUAGUUAGGGAUGUGCCUCCAUCUCCACAAAGAGGGAUGCCAUCUCAAUAUGUUCAACGCCCACCUUCCCCAUUUGGACAGAGAAAAGUCAGCCCAACUGCUUCUCCAGCAGCCUUUAGUCAUUUCCAACCUCAGGCCUCAUUCACAGAAGCCAAGUAUUCCCCUAUUCCUAUGGUCCGGCGAAUGCCGAGUCGAAUGCCCUCAUUUCACACAAGCCCUCCAGCUUCUGCUCAUGGUUCCAUCCGCAAGCAAAGCCCACUCCAUUCUCCCCGUGCGUCUAUAAGAAGACCCAGCCCAGUUUCCUCCCCAUUAAAAACUCAUCGUCCAUUUGGUGCCAGGAAGCCUCAAGGUUCCACAUCUCUUCCUAGGCAAAUGAGUCCUCCAACCUCUCCUCAAAUGGGCAGGCGUACUGUGGGCAGUGUUCAGCAGAUGGACUCUAAUAGGCCACACUCCCCAUUUGCAGCUCACAGAUCAUCACCUACACCUUCACGGAGAAGUUUUACAAUUGGUUCAGAAUCUCCUCAGCCUCCUCUGCCAGCUGGACAAAGAUCACGAUCACCCAGCUUCUCCCGUAGGUCAACUCGUCUUAUGAGGAACCCACCCCCAUUCGGCUCACCUGGUGGUCAAAUGCGUGGAAUGGGGCGUCCAAACAUUCCCAUGGGAACAGUAAAACCCUCUCUAGGUCAAAUGGGUCGUUUGGGUGCUUCAGCCAAAAACAUGCCUCCUUCCAGAGCGUCCAUACGUAGCAACAGAUCGGUCAUGGCUCAGGACAUCAGAGCCUCCCCAAAGCUUCCAGGUCAACACCCUGGAAUGGUCAUUAUGGAGCAGAGGCACUUCAUUCCCCCAGGACGAGCAGGUCCCACUAGGAAUACACAAAGACCAGUUGGUCUUGGCCGUCCUCUGAUGGCCAGGCAGUCUCUGAGGCGAGGACCCCCUUCACCACAGCCUUCUCUAAAACAUAUUGGUCCUACAUCACCCCAACCUUCCAUUAGACAUCUGUCCAGGCCAACUUCCCCUCACCCCUCUAUCAAACAUGGCUCACCAUUACCAAGGCGUACUCCUUCCCCUCAUGCACCACCCAUACCUAUCAUCUCAAGUCCUUUCCAAAAUGUACAGCGGUCUGAAGCAUCUCCUUAUCCUAUUGCAAUAGAACCAGUCCCUGUGGAAUUUGAUCAAAUGAUAAAUGUGCCUCGAUCACCCAUGGUCACCAGUGCUUUACAAAAUCAAAGUAUUAGUAAUGCCUCUUAUAAAUCACCCUUCCAGCAACCUAUGCAAUUUUAUGCCCCUGAAGUCAUUGGUAUAGAGCAAUUUCCUGAUCAACCAUCUUCACCCCAACUAUCAAAUGUGUUACAAAAUCAAAAUUUGCUUAAUAAUACUUAUACCUUUGUACCUCAAGUAGCACCAAUGCCACAGCAGUAUCUGGAGACACUAGCAUCACCUGUUAUAUCAAAUGCUUUGCAAAAUACUCAAGUCCGGGGUGCAUCUUUCAUCUCACCGCUGCAAAGACCAGGUUCUCCAUAUGUUCCUGAAGUGGCACAGCUUCCUGGCUCACCAUCAUUACAGCCAUCAAUGUCACCAUAUGCUCCCGAAACAGAAGUGCUUGGACAGGGUCCUGGUCAGCCUGCAUCUCCAACACUGUCUAGUGCUAUUCAAAAUCCUUACCUUCAUAAUGCCUCAUACAAAUCAGUGUUGCAGAUACCUUCUUCCACCUACUCACCAGUUGUGUCACAGUAUGAUUACAUAGAGGAGCCAGACCCUGGCCCACUCCUCACUAAUGCUCUUCAAAACCCCAGUGUCCGAAAUGCUGCUUACAGAACACAUUUACAUAGGAGAGGAUCCAGAAAUGCCCCUAGCCCAAGGAGAUCACCAGUUCUCUCAAAUGCUAUACGAAACGAACAACUCCGGAAGGCUUCUUACCAAACACAACUGUCUCAACCAACGAAAACCUACUCCUAUGUUCCCAUGAGGGGUUAUACCCAGAGCCCUAUUCUGUCAAAUGCACUGCAUAAUCCUCAAAUCCGUGGUGCAACCUAUAAUCUGCCAGAUGGCACGCUGGUACAUGGCAAUCAAAUGGUGGCUCCAGCUACCUCUCCAAUGCUAACUAAUGCUUUACAAAAUCAACAGCUUCGGAAUGCUUCCUACAGACUUUCAGAUGGGACUAUAAUAAGUGUGGAGCCCCACCUACAACAACCCUUGUCUCCAAACAUCUCAAAUGCCUUAGAUAAUGCAAACCUGAGAUACGCCGCUUAUAGACUUCCAGAUGGAACUAUAAUCACCAGAGACUCCCUUCAACAUCAGCAACAUCAAUCCUCUUCUCCAAAUCUAUCUAGAGCUUUGCAAAAUCCAAACAUUAAAAAUGCUUCCUACAGACUUCCAGACAAUCCGCUUAUUACAGAAUACCGGAGGCCAGUAUCUCCCAAUCUGUCCCGUGCACUCAGAAACAAUAGCAUUCGAAAUGCAUCCUAUAGGCUGCCAGAUGGAACAGUUAUUUUUACAGAGCAACAAGUGGAACCAACUUCUCCAGCCCUGUCAAGUGCACUGCAAAACCCAAUUCUUCGAAACGCAUCCUAUAGACUAGGUGACGGCACAAUAAUUUUUCCUGAUUAUGGCCAAUCAAAAUCUAUCUCCCCAAAUUUAUCACACGCACUUCAGAAUGCACAGAUGCGGAAGGCUAGUUAUAGAUUGCCAGAUGGGUCUAUUAUAACCACACAGCUUACUACACCUUCCCCUAAUUUGGCAAGUGCUCUGCAGAAUCCAAAUAUGUCUCGUGCUACAUAUAGGCUACCUGAUGGCAAUAUAAUCAGUGCUAAUCCAGUACACUCACCAAGCUUGACAGGUGCCCUCAAAAAUGCAAACAUCAAAAAGGCCUCCUUUAGGCUUCCAGAUGAAUCCAUUUUUUUACGUACUAAAUCAACCAGUCCAAACCUGGCAGAAGCCUUGAAAAAUGAAAGUCUUCGCAAAGCCUCAUACCGACUACCAGAUGAUUCUAUUAUUUCAGCAGAUCCUCAGAGUCAUACAAGCAAUCCAAAACUUUCACAAGCCCUUUUAAACCAAAAUCUUCGUAAAGCUAUUUACCGUUUGCCUAAUGAAUCCAUUCUCAGGCAAGGAUUUGAAGUUUCAUCGUCACCUCAGCUGAAGGAUGUGCUGAAAAACACCAGCCUAAAAAAUUCCUCCUACCAGCUGCCUUCAGCACUAUCUACUGUUACAGCAUCCGGAUUGAUUAUUGGGCCGGAUGGCAGAUAUGCAAUUGUCUCCCCACAAAGAAAAGGGCCUCAUGAACACUGGGCUAUGAAUGCCAGGGAGGGACAAAGUGCAGAGGAUGUGUGGGCUGCAGAGAGAGUUUUGCCUCAUGGAACUGUUCAGAAUCUUACCAAGUGGUCUAUGUACCGUGACGAAAACAUGAUGGACCACCUUUCUCUACCACCUUUUGGUGUUGGGUCCAGGGAAGGUGAGGUGCCGUGGGUACCAGAUCGGGAAGGGGAGCCCUCGGGCCAGUGGUGUGAUAAGAUGUAUUCUAUAAGAAGUCUGCCUACCAUGAGUUACAGAGAGAAAAGAGAAGCUGAUGGACUCGAGGACAUGACACAGUUGGAGGAAUUAACAGAAGCAGCUGUUUUAAUAAACCUAAACACUCGCUUUGACCAGGAGCUCAUCUAUACGUAUAUCGGCUGUAUUCUGCUAUCAGUUAAUCCGUACAAGUUAUUGAACAUCUAUGGAACAGACAUGGUCCUGCAGUAUAACGGUCAUGGCUUAGGAGAAAACCCACCUCACCUCUUUGCAAUUUCAAACCUUGCCUACACGACAAUGAUGGACGUCAAGCAGAACCAGUGCAUUAUCAUCAGUGGGGAGAGCGGAUCCGGAAAAACGGAGGCCACCAAACUGGUCCUGAGAUACCUCACGGCCAUACAUCAUGAGCGAAACGUAACACAGCAGAUUGAGAUCCUGGAAGCAACUCCUCUGCUGGAAUCUUUUGGGAAUGCCAAAACGGUGCGGAAUGACAACUCCAGUCGCUUUGGGAAGUUUGUGGAGAUCUUUCUGGAGGAAGGAGUGAUAAGCGGUGCCAUAACUUCACAGUAUCUACUGGAGAAGUCCAGGAUUGUUUUUCAGGCAAAAAAUGAGAGGAACUACCACGUUUUUUACGAGAUGUUGGCCGGACUCCCUGUUCACCAGAAACGAGUCUUCUACCUGCAGGAGGCUGAAACGUACUACUACCUGAACCAGGGUGGUGACUGUGCGAUCGAGGGGAAGGACGAUGGCGAGGACUUCAGGAGGAUACAAAGUGCCAUGGACAUUCUCCACUUCAGCCCUGAGGACCAGAGCAGUGUGUUCAGAGUGCUUUCAUCCAUCCUUCACCUGGGCAAUGUCUUCUUCCACAGACUUGAGACUGACGUGCAAGAAACGGCCGGCGUUGUAAGUGCUCAGGAGAUCCGCGUGGUGGCCGAACUGCUUCAGAUUUCUCCAGAAGGACUGCAGAAAGCCAUCACCUACAAAAUGAUGGAAGCAAUGAAGGAGAAAAUAUACACUCCGCUGACCGUAGAGAGUGCCGUGGAUGCCAGAGAUGCCGUUGCCAAGAUCCUUUAUUCCCUGCUCUUUCACUGGUUGACGGAGCGGAUCAACGGCCGUGUUUACCCGAGAAACGAGGCUCUCUCCAUAUCUAUAUUGGAUAUCUAUGGAUUCGAGGAGUUAGCAUUUAACAGUUUCGAGCAGCUCUGCAUCAACUAUGCUAAUGAGACGCUUCAGUUCUUCUUCACAAAGAUCAUUCUAAAGCAAGAACAGGAGGAGUACAUACGAGAGCAAAUCAGCUGGAAGGAAGUGCCCUUUACUGACAACAAGGCAUGUAUAGACCUCAUCGCUGCUAAGCCCCAUGGGAUACUUCGCAUUCUCGAUGACCAGAGCUGCUUUCCUCAGGCCACUGACCACACGUUCCUUCAGAAGUGCCACUAUCAUCAUGGAGAAAAUCCACUUUACUCCAGGCCAAAAAUGCCACUGCCAGAGUUCACCGUGAAGCACUACGCAGGACGAGUGACGUACCAGGUCCAGAAGUUCCUGGAUAAAAAUUACGAUCAGGUUCGACAAGAGGUGCUGGAGUUGUUUAUGCAGAGUCACAACCGGAUGGUUUCAAAUCUCUUUCUAAAGUAUAGCGAGAUAUUAAAUCAGCAGAAAAAUGUAACACAGAGAGACAGCACAGUUACUCGACGAUAUCAACCGUCUACUGUAGCUGCCAAGUUCCAACACUCUCUACAGGACCUUCUGGACAAGAUGGAGAGGUGUAACCCAUUAUUCGUGCGCUGCAUAAAGCCAAAUAAUAAUAAGGAACCGGGGAUAUUUGAGGCAGAACUGGUGGCGGCCCAGCUCAGAUACUCCGGAAUUAUGGACACCAUCCUGAUCAGAAAGGAAGGUUAUCCGGUCCGAAUGACUUUCCAUAAAUUCUUAAACAGGUAUAAAGCGCUGCUGGGGCUGAAGAAAACCCCGCCUCCAAACGGAGACAACUGUGUCAUCAUGCUAACAAAGCUGUGUCCAAUCAAAAAGGGCGAUUACCAAGUGGGUGUGUCCAAGAUCUUUCUAAAGGAAGACGUGUAUCAGCUGCUAGAAAGUAAGCGGGAUCGUGUGAGGCACCUGGCGGCGCUGACGCUUCAGAGAUACAUACGGAUGUACCUCGCACGUAAAAACUUUCGGAAGUUCCGCGUGAACAUGACCAAACUGCAGGCCAGGUGCCGAGGCUACCUCAUGAGGCGAUGUCUCCUACAGAAACGGCUGAUCCUCAUCAAGUUCCGCUCACCAGUUCAGCUCAUCGUCAACCGCAAGCGCUACAUCAGGGAUAACCUCAUCAUGGUCAGGAUGGCAGAAGAGGUGAGGAGAAGGCUAGAACAGGAGCGAGUGAGUCGAGAGGUGAUUAACGUGUCCCAGUUGGUCAUUCCUGCCGAACUUGGAGAGCUGCUGCAGGCCACAGCAGAUGGUAAAGAGGUGCAUUCCGAGUGUUUGGCUCUGGUUGAAGCGCUCAGAGUGCAGGUUUAUCCUCAACUCACACUCCCUCUGGAUAUCAAUAACUAUCUCAUGACCAAAUACAUCCGUUCCAACUUCAGGGAGCUGCAGUUUGGAAUGCUUACCGCACCUCUACGCACCUCUCUGACUCGUCUGGAAGACGAUCUAAAACAGGACGCUCUCGACAUCUUUUUACUGGUUUUACGUUUCAUGGGCGACCCGAACUUGAACGGCGCCCAAGAGAACCUGUUCGGGAAUUACAUCAUCCAACGGGGUUUGGCAACCCCACCAAUCAGGGAUGAGAUUUUGGCUCAGGUGGCCAAUCAGGUGUGGAGGAAUGAAAACCUGCGUAACGCUGAGAGAGGCUGGCUGCUAAUGGCGGCUUGUCUGAGUUCCUUCGCCCCAAGUGAUAAAAUGGCCAAAUAUCUGCUGAAGUUCGUAUCCGAUUACGCGCCGAACGGAUUUAAAGCGCUGUGCCAGCACAAGCUGCUCCAUGCCAUGCAGAAAUGCCAGUCGGGAUCCGAGGCAGCACGGACGUACCCGCUUUCUCUUCUGGAGUGGACUGCCAACCGCAAAAAAGCCCACAUGGCCCUCCAAGUACACUGUCUUGAUGGUACGGGCGUGUCCUCGGAGAGCUGCUGUGGUUGGUCGGUGCUGAUGAAAGAGGUGGGUCAGUGGGUGGAGCUUGAAGGCCAUGACUACGUGAUGGAUCUGGUGUGUGAUCUCGAGCUGCCGUCGGACUUCCCGAAACAGAAAAGCUACUUCAUCAUCUCGACGCACGAUCCCACCAGAGUGCGGCACAACGCCAGCAUAAGUCUUUUUGGCAGCGGAUUCGAUGGAGAAGACGAAGCACCGGUGACCAACAGUCUGCCGAUCUCUGAUGAUCGCUACAGUCGGGCGGUGAGGGUGCUGCCUGCUCUUCCAGCUGUUCCAGCUGUGCCCAGUGUGCCGGCUCAAGAUCCGCAGACUCUGAUGGCGCAGCAGCAGCAAACUCUCAUCAAUCAGCAAGCUGUCAUUAUGGCCCAACAGAUGACGAUGCAGGCCAUGGCCAUGGUGACGACGAGCCCCAUCUCCAGCCCUCCCACCAGUCCUCCUCCUACCCCCUACAUCCCUUACUCUGCAUUACCCCCGAGCCCGUAUGCCAACUUCCCACCCAGCCCCUACGCACAGGUUACGCCCUCAUCCUACACCGUUAACUCGAGCGUCACCUCGAACCAUCGGCUCGAGACGACGCAAACAUCCAGAAGCGUCCCGGAACAGAGAAGAGCUCCAGCUUCUGUUACUGGAUCUAGACAGACUGGUCUCAAACCGACACAGAGCACUAAAAAGAGGGCGCCAGGACCACCAUUAAAAAUCCCCCCAGUGUCCAGAGAUCUGCCCGUCGAAUCAGAAACCAUUCAGACGUCGCUCCACCUCAGCAGCGUGGACGAAUACUACACUUACACCAACGUCCCAUGGAAGCUCUACCUCAGGAAGGAGGUGUUUUACCCCAAGGACAGCUGGAAUCAUCCACUUGUGUUGGACGUCAUAUUCAAGCAGAUUGUUAAUGACAUGUUUUCAGAGGCCUGCGUGCGCAUCACCAAAGACGAGCGGAUGAAGAUGAAGGCCUUGUUUACGCAACACAAGAUCGAGCAGCACGCAAACGUUCAGGACGAAGGCGUGAAGAAGGCCGUGGUCUCGGCGGCCCGCGAGUCGUGGGAGAUUUAUUUCUCGCGCCUUUUCCCCGCGUCGGGCAGCGUAGGUACCGGAGUCCAGGUGUUGGCCGUGUCUCACUCCGGGAUCAAACUACUGAAAACGGUCCACGGCAGCGCCAACGUUCCAGAUCACUUCAGGCUUCUGAGAUCGUACAGAUACACCGACAUCCUCUUCGUGACCGUCCCGUCUCCCGACAUGCUGGAGUUUAACCUGACGAACGACAAGCUGAUCCUGUUCUCCGCCAAAGCGCCGCACGUCAAGCGCAUGGUCGAUCUCUUCAUCUCUCAGCUGAAGAAGGACUCUGAGUACGCCGUAGCUGAGAGGAACUACGUCACCCAAGAGCUAGCCCUGCUUAACUUCCAUAAAGGAGACAUCAUCCGCUUGCAAGCUAUGGACGGCCUGCAGGAAGGUCAGUUGUAUGGAUGUGUGGUGAAGAAGAAGGUCGUCUACCUGGAGGAGGUAAACAGAGACACGGCAGACUUCGGGUGGAGGUUUGAGCCGGUGAUGAGUCGCAGCGGUGCAUUUCCCUCAGACUGCGUCAUUCCGAUAUCGGUGCCGGGUUUUCUAAAUCUGCCCUCGGACAAACAAGGAGACAUGAGAACCAGAAAGACUCAGUUGAUCGGCGAGCACGGUCUGAUGAGAGACGAAGCGUACUGUCAAGUGCUCAAACAGAUCACCGCCAACACCAGCGCUAAACCAGACAGCUGUCAGAGAGGAUGGCGUCUGCUCUACAUUCUCACAGCGUAUUGCCCGUGUUCUGACGUCCUCCAUCCGUUCCUGCUAAAAUUCCUUCAGGAUGCAUGCACGAGCUUCGGAUCUCAGUUUCAGGGCAUCGCUAAAGCCUGCGAGCAGAACCUGAUGAAGACGUUGCAGUGCGGUGGGAGGAGCGUGUGUCCCAGCAGCAUGGAGCUCAAAGCCAUAGUGGCCGGACGAAGCUCAAAACGGCAGCUCUUCCUGUUUCCUGGAGGAAUUGAGCGACAUCUAAAGAUUAAAACCUGCACUGUGGCUUUAGAUGUCAUCGAGGAGUUGUGUUACGAGUUGGCAUCGCAAAGACCGGAGGCCAUGAACGAGUACACCGUAUUCAUAGUCACAAACAGGGGUCAGAACGUGCGGCCGCUGAAUAAACGGGAAUAUAUAUUAGACGUCGGUACAGAGGCCGAGAUGAUCGACAGCAACUACAGCUUCUGGUUCAGACGCGUGAUCUGGGCUCAGGCGCUCAAGUUCGACAACGAGCUCAGCGUCACUGUCCACUACAACCAAGUUCUCCCUGAUUAUCUGAAGGGUUUACUGAUCGUCCUCCCGCCAGAUAAAAUCAGCGAGCCUCAGUUUCAUCAGAUCGCUAAACUCGCUGCGCUGCAGCACAGAGCGAAGGACGUCGUCGGUGCUCCCACCAUGUACGCUCACAAAUCUGCUACACUUUUACGCCGGCUGUUUAUUCAUAACGCCACGCGCUCCUGUAAAAAUGUUCAACGAUGGUGGCUGCAAAUAGUCCAUUAA